AAAGGAAAUUUAAAAAUUUUUUGUACGAUACUAUCGAGAGAAAAUGGCGAAGUUUUCGAUAAAUCGAUACCUACAGUAUUCUGCAGCAAUCUGCUCUCUGUCUGUAGUAAGGAACUGUCAUCGAUUAAAUGGACGGGAAAAUGAGUUCUAACAAUUCUUCUACUUAUCGCCGCGCCAACUUAAAAAUUGCACCUGGUGCAGUAGUGUGCGAGGAGAGUAUUCUAAAAGGAGAUAUUUCCAUUGGUGCAAAAACCAUAAUCCAUCCUAGAGCAUGUAUUCUAGCAGAGGCUGGUCCUAUCAUUAUAGGAGAAGGCAAUAUAAUUGAAGAGAUGGCAACUAUAACCAACAGAUUGCCACCUGAUGCUUCGGAACCUGUAACUGUACCAGUGCAAAUAAUAGGAAACUAUAAUGUAUUUGAAACUGAUUGUGUUUGUGAAUCAUAUAAAGUUGGCGACAACAACAUCUUAGAAGCAAAAGCUCAAGUUAGUCGAGAAAUUGAAUUAACUAACGGAUGUGUUAUUGGAGCUGCAUGUUCUUUGACAGAACAAGAAACAAUACCAGAAAAUACAAUAGUAUAUGGAAGCCAAUGUCAACGUAGAGAAAUGAAUGACAAAAUAUAUCCUCAAAUUGGACAGUUGGAUUUUCUACAGAAAGUACUCCCGAAUUAUCACCACUUUCGCAAAUCAAAUGUAAAAUCAAAACCUGGAGGACCUAUGUGAAUAAUACAUACUGACAUUAUUCUUGUAGUAAUAAUAAGGUAUAUUUAAUUUUUAUACUAAUUGUAUCAUUUAUAUUUAUUAAAAAAAUUGUGUUUGCAAUUAUUC